UGAGGCAUUUCUAAGUUUCUAUACCUUAGAGAGCAUUUCCAUGUGGCCAGUGUAUAGGGCAUGGACGUCCCUUGCAUUGAAUGGCCGGAGCUGAAAUCUGGGUGCGCGUGUGUUUGCAGAAGGUCCUUAAUAAUGAUUGCCGAUCCAUCUCGCUCAGCCGCGUGCGGUGCAAUCUCAUGGGAGAAACAAUGAAGAAAGGAGCUGAUGUUGGAUGGGUGAUCAUGAGGCAAACAUGGCUGCAAGUUUCAGAUAGCAUCGAACCCCCGCUGUCGCCAUCUUUGCGCCAAGCAUGGACGCCGAUGCCAGGUCGCGAGUGGGCACUGCGCCUAGAGGAAGUUGGCUGUAUUCGGACGGUGCACCGCUCGACACCGAAGGCGUUUGCUGCGGCGGUACGGAUUUUGACUCGACGGCAGCAUUCUGGAACUGGUCGUCGACAUGUCCAACAUGGUAUUGUACCGGCGGGCGCGCAACGAGCUGAUGCAGAUUAAGACGCAGAAGAAGGACGGGGAUGUGUGGUCUCUGCACCUCGCCAACCACGUAAGGCUUCGGCCUUCAGGGGUUCCACCAUGAUGACCGAGGGAAUCAUCCGUGCAGACGAACAUCCUAUGCAUCUUAUCACUCUCGCGCGUUUUAACCUCCUCCUUCUCGUCAAAUCCGGAAUCAAACCCAAGUAGUUCGUCUUCUCUC